AUGGCGGAAACACGGUCACAAGUACCGUCCACAGCCCACUCGGGAAGAUUAAAGUACGCCGACCCGCGCGAUCUACCGAGCUUUCCAUCCCCCGGUCUCCCAUCUGAUGGAGCUGCCGCCGGAGCUGCCGCAUCUCUAGGCUGGGCUAAUCAGAAAUCAAUUGACCUCUGGAAACCCGAAAAGUCAAACUCUGCAUCAACCGCAGCCAUGCUCGCAAAGGAUUACAAAAUGGCACCAUCGUGGGAACCUAACUCGAGCUCUGCCGGGGCCAAGGCUGCUCUGCUGGCCAGCGCCUCAGCAAAGAAACAAUCCACCACCAACACGACCCCUCCCCCGUCUGCUACCGAGUCUUGGGGCAGCAGCGCUGCGAACCAGGCAUUUAAACAAAGCCGCUCAGUCAAACAACCCACCCAGGCACCCUCUACCGCCGGUCUUGGCUCCCUUUCAGCAGCCCAGAAUGCCAUGCCUGCGUCCAGGAGGACGAGGCCACGAGCCAAAUCGACCCCUGUGCCAAAGGAAUCUUAUCCUGGAGAAUCACGAGCUGCUGCAAACGCUUUGAGUGCCGCCACAGCAGCUCACAGUCCUUCUUUGAAGCCAAAGUCCCCCACUGAAAACACUGGUUCCGUUCCGUACACAAACCUGCCCCGGAGCAUGUUCACCUCUAAGCCCGCUAUCGGACCUGAAGAAGAUGAGAAGAAAAGAGCCGACGUCCUCCACGCCUCUGCGGUGGCCAUGGCCAAAAAGAUGUAUAGCCAACAGCAAAGGAUGGUCGACCAGGCACGAGUCCACCAAGCUGCAGGAGAGACCAGCCCUGACGACAACCAACCCAAACCGUAUGUCAACCUCCAGGAAGCGGCGUACAAGCUAGCGCAAGAACGUUUAUCGAAACUCCACGUGGAGCAUCAUCAGAACCGGGACUACCAGGAGUACUAUGGUAGCAACACCCAAGCCACACCUCAGCGGAGGUUUACUAUGAAGGGGAAACUCAGGCGGCGAUCCUCGAGCGACGGCGACGCUAGUCACGACAAGGAACAAUCAGAGCGCAUUCGGAGAGAAAUGUCCAUCUUCUCCUCCAACCUGACCAAGGUUGACGAGCAGAAGCGGACAAAGGAUCGCGAAGCCCUACUAGCAGCCGCCCAACGCAACGUCAAGGCCCGCCUACAGGGCAUGGACGACAAGAUCUCGGCCGAGACGGGCAUGGUAGCACCCAGUCGGAAGAGCGACUGGGAGGCCAAGGCCCAGAUGGCCGCCAUGGCCAAGCACGAGUCUAUCAACGUGAACAGGGGUAAGGUCGACAUUGGUGGCGGCAUGUUCAUGGACCCUGCGGCAGUCGAUGAGAUCGCCACAAGGAGAGUCCAGCCCGUGCUCGACGAGAUCAACGAGAAGGCGGCCAUCGAACGGGAGCGUCAAGAGAUGCUCAAGGCCGAGGCGGAAGCGAAGAAGAGGGACGAGGAGAAGCGCAAGGAACGUGACAGAGAGGUUAAGGAAAUUAACCGUAAGGUCAUUGCGCAAGAGAAGCAGGAAGAAAAGGAGAAGCGCCACCGCGAGAAGCAAGAGCUCAAGGCCAAGAAGGAAGAGGAAAAGGCCGUCAAAGCCGAGGAGAAGCGCAAAUCCAAAGUUCCCGAGAUCACGCCGGCCGACUCGGCCGUCGCCGCAGCAGAACCCAGCGAAGUCUCACCCGUGAGCGACGACCAGGGCGUCAACCGCGCGGGACAGCAUAAGCCUGGAAAUAUCAACACCAAUAGAGAAAGCUCCGGCAGUGAUAACCCGCGCUCACCGAGCGACAGCGGCUCACCCACGAAUAAGAUGAAGAGCUGGCUCAAGUCGCGCUUCGGCCGACCGCGGGGCCGGUCUGCGGCCGGGGAGAGCGCCGAGGAGCGUGGUUUCAUCGGCGGUGUUGCGCUCACGAGGAUCGCGAACGAGAGCGUGACUAGUCUUGGUGAUGCGCGGUCGGCGAGCAUGAGAGAGGUUGCUAUCGCCGGCAAGAGCAGCGAGACGACGUCUAGGUCGGUGGGACAUGAGGGUGAUGUAAGCCCCGUGAGCUCUGAUGCUGAGUCGGAGCACUUUGUCGAGGCGAGUGACGACCUCGAGGGUCCUGUGUCGCCGCCGGCUGCUAUCCGGGAUCCGAAUACGCACAAGACGCACAGCCCGACGCGGGAUUCGCGGUUCCGAGAGAAUCUUGAAUAG